AUGCACGUUAAGCAAUCGACUUUGGCCAUAGCAGCCAUGUUAUUACUCCCAGCUGUCAACGCCAUUCCGGCAGGGGGCCAUGCCCCAAGCAGAUCGGAAACUGUGGACACCGGGGAUGCGAAUGGCUGUAUGGUUACGGUCCAUCAACCCAAGCGAAAGCUAUCGGACAAGCAAAAAGCGAAAGGGGCAGAGGAGUGGGGUAAAUUGAUGGGCCACAAAUGUAUACUAUUUGGUCACAGUGAGGAGGUUGCUGGCCGUUAUGUUACUGUCCCUAAAGAUCACUGCGACGACAUCAGAGCCGACUUCCCCAGCGGUUGGUAUACUGUGGGAACGUUGGCCCUCUGUUAA